GGAGGCCGAGGCGUGCUAUACAUCUCCGUGUGAUCCGGUGGUGAUCAAGACCCGCACCGGAGGCCAGAGCGGACACCAGCCAUGAUCUAUAAGAGGCUGGUGCCGGUGGCGGCGCUGCUGGCGCUGGCCGCCUCGCUCGACGUGCAGCCGACGGAGGAAGCCGUGUCGUCACGGAUCGUGCGCAAGGAGCUCGAAAACGGCACGGUCGUUGAGUACGAAUACGUCUACUACUACGACGACGAGGAGUACGCCAACUCGCUGGACUUCGAGGACGGUGUGUUUGAUGACACGCUGCUUCAGACAACGGAGGAGACCACAACUACCACCACUACGACGACGACGACCACCACCACCACGCAGGCGUCGCGUCGGCGGACGCUGCCCUUGCGCGACAGCAGCAACGAGAUUGGCGCGCAGGGCGGCUCUGGCCGGCUGGGCGCGAGGGGCCGCCUGGGAGGCCGCGGCCUCCGUCCGCGUCCGUCGGCGCGUCUCAGCCCCACCUUCUCCGUCGACCCGGUCGAGGUGACGGUCACGGCACUGCCCGAGCUGGCGGCCGGCGGCGCCGCGCGCUUCGUCGGCGGCGGGUCACGCGGCUCUGGUCGGCGGGGUCGGCCAACGCCGAGCUCAUUCCCCGAGCCGGCGGAGGAGCCGAGCGCCAGCGUCGGUCGCGGCCGGCUUUUCGGUCGCGGUCGCGGUCGCGGUCGCGGCGGCGCUGAGCCCGCCGUAGAGCCUGCGGUCGAGCCUGCCGUCGAGCCUGCCGUCGAGGAGGAAACGGCCGCUGACAGCCGCGCACCUGGACGUAGCCGCGCCCCCGGACGCGGCCGGUUCGCCGGCAGGGGGCGCGGCCGGUCGUCCGCCGGCGGCAGCCCUCCGGUCCGACCCGGGACUGAGGCUGAUGCCAUCGCCGCCAUCCUCGGUGGAGCCAGUCCCGUGGAGGUGGAGGAGGUAGAGGCGGCGCCGGCGCCGGCGCCGAGCCGCCGCGGCAGCGGUCGCUCCCGGGCCCGCGGGAGCUCGGCGGCGCCCGCCGUCGGCCGGUCGCGCGACCGCCCGCGUGCUCCGCCGCAGCCGCAGCCAGAGCCGGAAAUCCCGAUCGAGGAAUUCAGCGGCCGCAGGGGGCGCGCUUUCUUAGGGGGCCGAGGCCGAGGCCGAGGCCGUGGUAGCGGUCGCGGCCGUGGCCGCUCGCAACAGGCCGUGACGGACGAGCUGUCCGUGAGCGUGGCGGAGGAGCGCCUGCCGUCGCAAACGCGUUUCCCGCCAAGGGAGGCCACCACGCCGACGCCUGAGAUCACCACCGAGACGCCGGUCGCCGACCUGCCGCUGGGCGACCCCGCCCUGUACGCGCUCUCGCAGGGCGUGGCUGGAGAGACGACGCCGAGCGGUGAGGAGGCGGGCCAGCUGCAGCCGGCCGGCGCGCCGUUCUCGGCCACCGAGGCUGGCAUCGCGGCUGACGCGACGACCGAACUGCUAGCGGAGGGCGACUUCCUCGGCGCCACUGAGAGAGAGCCGGAGGCCACCACCGAGAUCGACUUCACGUUGUUGAGGGAGCGUCCGCAGGAGAUUGUUGAGCUGCAGCCGGCGCCGCCGCUCGAGCCGGAGCCUCAGGCAGAGACCACCACCGUGGCCACCACCACCACCGAAUCCUCGCGUCCGGGCAGACGACCGCGCCUGCCGCUGGGCAGACGCGGCGGACAACGCCGGCGCCCCAGCUUCCUGUUGCGCGGCGCGAACCAGUCGCAGCAGGACGAGAAGCAGGAGGUGACCAAGAAGCCAAUCAGCGGACGCCGACGCCCUGCGCCGCAACAGACCGCUGAGGAGGACCAGGAGGAGGCGCCCGCCGAGGCGGGGGUCAGGCGGCGCCCCGGACGCCUCGGCGCCGGCCGCAGACGGCGUCCGCCGCUGCGUCUCGGCGCCGGCCGCCGGGACCGUCCCGGCAGGCAGCCGGAGGUCGCUGAGAUCGGGGACGCGCCCCAGACCGAGGUUGCGGCGGAGGAGGAGGCUGCCAUCGAUCCCACUGAGGACAGUGAUGCCGCCGUCCCUGUCGCCGGGCCUGAACAACCAGCUGCGCCGUCGUCGCGCCGUCGCCUGUCGCCCGGCGGCCGCAGCCGACCCCGGCUCGGCCGUCCAAGCCGCCGUCCCCGGCCCGGUCGCCGCGGCCGGCCAGAGCCCGUCCCCGAGCCCCAGCCCGAGGUUCAGCCUGAGAUCCAGCCCGAGGUCCAGGAGGUCCCGGAAAUUCAGGAAAUUGAGGAGAUUCAGGAGAUCCAGAAGCAGAGCCGGCGCACUGAGCAAGCACCCGAGCCGGCCGUUGAGGAGGCCGCCGCCGUCGAGGAGGAGCCGGCGCCGGCUCCGGCGAUCGGCCGCCGCCGGCCGGCCGGUGGCCUCCGCGGCCGCAGCGGACUCCGCGGCCGCCGACCGUCCCGGAGGCCCCAGGCCACCGCCGCCGCGGAAGAGCCUGCCGCCGCCGAGCCUGCCGCCGCCGAACCUGCUGACGCCGAGCCGGCCGACGCCGAGCAGACGGGUCCGUCCACUCGCGGAGGGCGCCGCUUCCGCCCGAAGGCAACCAUCCGCGGCCGGCCGCCGUUCGGCCGCGACCGACGGCCGCGGCCGCCCCUGCGCCGGCCCACCGGGCGGGCGCCGGAGGUGACCGAGGAGCGCACCGCCGCUCUGGAGCAGACCGUCGAGGGGGCGAUCCAGCCCGCUGUCGCCGAGACCGCCGCUGAGCUCCCAGAGGAGCCCGCUGAGCUUCCGGAGGAGUCCGCUGAGCUCCCGGAGGAGGCUGCUGAGCUCUCGGAGGAGGCCGAUGUCCUGGAGGCGCAGCCGGAGCUGGCCGUCCAGGCAGAAGUGACCACACCCGCGCCCAAGCUGCCGACGCCGGCGGCCGACGAGUCCAACGACAUCCCCGAGGCCGCGGAGCCGGGCGUCAGCAAGCUGCGCGGUCUGCUUGGACGCCGCGGCCGACCGUCCCUUCGCUCUCGGCCCGGUGGGCGGCGGCGCUCGAGGCCCGGCGCUGCUGCUCCGUCCCGGUCACAGGAACAAACGCAGACUGAGGAGGAGCAGAAGCAGGAAAGCGCCGCGGAGGCCGCUCCGGCACCUGCCUCGCGGCGUCGCGGGGGAUUCCGCCCCCGGAUUUCACGCGGGAAUGGUGCAAACGUCGGCUCCGAUGAGGGCGCAGAGGCCAGGCCAGUAUCAGGCCGGAGGUCCAGCAGGAGGCGCGGCUCCUCGCUGGCCGAGAAGGUGGACGCCGCCGAGGUGAACAGCAUUACCGGCGACGCCGCUGCUGGGGCUGAGAGCAAGGCCCGCCAGCGCCUGAGCUUCGGAAGGCCGUCGAGGAGGAGGUCGUCAAGCCGUCGCCCUCCUGUCGUUCCGGCCGCGCAGCCGGAGACGGUCGAGGAGACCGUGGUCUCUGAAGGAAGUCAGAACGUUGAAGUCUCUUCAGCUCCCAGUGAAAGCUCCGAGGCUUCUUCUGCCGCUGAGGAGGUUAAAGAGGCCGAGCUGCAGGUCGCCCCUGUGGCGACACCCGGAGGCAGGAGUCCAGGGGCCAGGGGUCGGUCGCUCUUCGGUGGCAGACCCGGCCGGAGGCGGGGAGUGGCUGUGACUGCGGCGGAGACGAACCAGGCUGACGCCGGCGAGAAGACGACAGAGCCUGCGGGCCGUCUGAACUUCGGUAGCUCUCGGUCCUCCCGGAGGAGGGGAUCAUCCUUUUCGACUCCCACCACUGACGAGGAGAGUGCGAGCCCCGAAGCACCCUCGGAGCCCCGGCGGCGGCUGGCCUUCGGCAGGCCGCCUGGGCGCCGGUCCAGCACCCGUGGUUUCCUCGCCCGCGCCGUCCAGGCCGAGAACGAAGCCAACGCCGCAGAAGAGGUCGCUGCCUCGCCUGAGUCCGGACGCGCCAACACGUUGGGCUUUGCUCGGCAGGCGGGCAGGGCGAACCGCCGGAGUUUCCUUGCCCCCGCCGCCGAGCCGGAGGAGAGCAUCUUGGUCAUCGCGGCGGCGCCGGAGGCGGAGCCUGAGGCGCCGGAGGCGGAGCCAGAGGCGCCGGAGUCCGCUCCGCCUGCCGAGGCCGGCCCCCGGCCGCUGCGGUUCCGCCUCCGCGGCGGCGGCGCUGCGCGGCCGCGCAACGAGCCGCCGCUGAUCCGCGGCCGCAGCGUCAGUCGGCCGGGUGGCCGCCGCAGCCCGCUGUUCGGCCGCCUGCCCAAGCCGCAGGUGUCGGCCGCCGCCGAGCCGCUGGAGGUCAAGACCAUCACCGUGGACGCCGAGGCGGAGCCCGUGGACGACCAGCCGACCGAGCCGACCACCGAACAGCCGACCGAGCCGUCCGUGGAGGAGUCGACGGAGCCGGCCGCACAGCAGCCGGCUGAGUCGUCAGGAGCGCAGCCAGGUGAGCCCACCGCCGCAGAGAAGCCGGCGUCGCAGCAGGAGCCGGCCGCGCCGACGCGGCGGCGACGGCCGUUCAGCGGCCGGCCGCGGCCCAACGGCGAGCGGAGGCCGUUCAUCCCCGGCCUGCGGCGCGGCGGAGGCGGCCGGCAGGGUCGCACCGGCCGCCGCCUCUCUGCGCUCUUCCAGCGGCCCACGCCGCCGGCGGAGGCGCCGGUCGAGGAGGCGCCGGUCGAGGAGGCGCAGGUUGAGGAAGCGCCGGUUGAGGAGGCACCGGUUGAGGAAGCGCCGGUCGAGGAGGCGCCCGCGCAGCUCGAGGAGGACCCUGUCGAGUCGGAAGCGGAGGUGGCCGAGAGGAAGGCCGCCGAAGAGGCCAUCCUGUUGUUGGUGCAGGAGGAGCUGGCGACGGCGGUGACCGAGGCGGAGUCCCCGGAGCCGACCGAGGCGCCGGAGGCAGCGGGGCCCAGGCCGCGGCUGCGGGGCCGCGCCGGCCGCCUGCCGCGCCCGGACCGCGCCGGCCGCGCCAGGCGGCCCUCGCUCUUCGAGAAGCUGCGCAGCCAGACGGCCUCCGACUAGGGGGCGCCUCAGUCAUCGCGACCCUGGCGGCCACGCCGGCGACCUCCAGUCAUCAUCAUCGAACGUGGACCGGCGCCGCGGGAUGGCACAGGCACUGGAGCGACCCCGCCACAGCUGGGCACGGCAGCUUGUUGAAAUGAGAGGUGUUGGGGGAGGGGGAUAUUUCGAUUUUAAUUGCGGGUUCUUCAGGGGGAUGGGAACUAUUUCACAAAAAGCGCGAGUGCUGACGACGCCUUUGGGACGCGUCCGUGGCCAGGCCGGUCCCAAACUUAGCCGGCGGGCUAGUCACAAACCGAAGCCUCCGACUCCCACGGAGUUGGAGGCCAUGCGACACCGUGGCAGAUAUCAACUGGUGUCGUGAAUCCUACCCUCCGCCGUAUCUUAUCGGUUCUCGAAAGUGGAGCCUGUUUAUUUGAUUCCAACAGUGGCUCGCGUCCGUGUAUUUAAUUCGAGUAAGUUACGACUACGGCGCUUCGGAGACGCGCGGUAGGACCGUCACGAGAAAAAGAACACCCUUGUCGUAUUUCCGGCUCCGAUCGACUGAUUGGUACAACAUAGUUCACUAUAUUGUUACGAUCCGUUUCUACUGAUGCAAGAUGGCGGCGUUUAAUGAUAGUGCCAUGACUACUGUGUGCAUUGAUGUUACAUGUGUGUGUGCGCGACUUCGUCAUGUAGAAUCGCUGUGAUGAGAUAGGUUUUGAUAUUCAUUCGCCAACAAUACACUAUCCUUCGCGUA